UUGGGACAAUUCAGUCUACAUGCACCUCUGCUGCUCGAAGCUGAAAUGUUAGCUUGUCUGGAAAUUUUAACCUUCAUUUUCGCGGCUAUAAUAGAUCAAGCGUAAUCCAAAGGCAAUGCAAUAACCCUAUGAUUAGUUAGCUAGUUAUAUCUCAUUUUCUUCUUUUGUUGUCGUGUCAGUUAAGAUUCCCGGGACUGUCCGAACCAUUAACAGCUACAUUAGCUCAUCUUGUCAAUAACUGUGGUUGUAUUAUUACUCUGUUAUUAUCAUUUUGUCAUGCUAGACAUAUUCAAUAGGAAAGACAAGCAUAACGACGUCUAAGAAAGUCACUAAAAUCAACUCGCGGUUAGCCGGCUAGCAACAACUGAAGAUGUUGCUAACGUAUGCUAGCUGGCUAGGAAUAGCUUUAUUUGUAACUUGCAUUAGCUAGCAUCACCGAGCGUGCAUCAAAGCCAGUUAGCCGUGGACUGUCCACUGUCCAUCGCUCUUAUUAUCAUAAGGGCCGUGUGUAAGUUACGCUUUUCACCUCACACUUGCUGUGGCCUUCAUCGACGCAUCUCUAGCUCUGAAAGUGGACCUCGGACUUGCCUAAAGGAAGCGUAACCCCGACCCGACGCCAAGGAGGCAGGGGUACAAAGCAAAGACCCCAUCACAAAUCAGAAUUACCCCCUUGGCUGAUUCCGUUCACGUUCCCCCUUCGCUGUCUGGUGUGUCUGAUAAUGCGGAAACGCUCAGGAAGUUUGAUGUUGUGUAAUCAUACAAACGGGAUGCCUCGUGGAGACUUCAACAUCUACUUUGCCGGUGGCCGGAGAGGAGGCGUCAGAGCUGAGGAAGCGGUAGGGAUCGCUCUCCUAGUGGUCAUCCUUGCAGCCCUCCUCAUUUUGGGCUGCUGGUACUUCAAGAAGAGAAGUGGCUACAGAAUAAUCAGGAGUCCCAGAUCAAGUUCACCAGGUUACACCGGAGGUCAGUACUCAGAAGCAGGACCCUCAGCAGAUAACAAGAUGGCGCUCACUGACUUUGGCAGCUUCCGAUCUGUGGUUCCUAAUGCUCCUCCAGCCUAUGAAAAGAUUUCUUCAGUAGCACUACCUCCUCCCUAUUCCCCCUAGAGUCGGGAAUGCAUGCAGGUGUCUACGGAGAACCAGGAAAUACUGAAGAACAAACUCUGAACUUGAUUUGUCUUGUGAAAGUAUAAUAAACAUCAACAUGGUUUCUAAAGCUUCAUAGAGACAUAUACAGACAGGUGAAGUCACUAUCUUUGUAAAAAUCUUCACACGAAUAAGCAA